AUGGGUAGUGAUGAUGCAAGGGGUAGUCAUGACGCCAUGGGUAAUCAUGACGCCAUGGGUAGUCAUGACGCCAUGGCAGGUGACAAUGCAAUGGCUGCUGUUGAAGAUGCCAUGGCUAGUGGUGACGAUGCCAUGGCUGGUGGUGACGCCAUGGCUGGUGGUGAUCCCAUGUCUGGUAGUGACGCCAUGGAAGGUGAUGCCAUCAUGGAUGUUGGCGACACAAUGGCUGGUGGUGAGGCUAUGGCUGGUGGUGAUGCCAUAGCUGGUGCUGACGCCAUGGCUGGUGGUGCCGCCAUUGCUGGUGGUGACACCAUGGCUGAUGGUGACACCAUGGCUGGAGGUGAUCGCAUGGCUGGUAGUUACGCUAUGGCUGGUGGUGACUCCAUGGCUGGUGAUAACUCCAUGGCUGGUGAUAACUCCAUGGCUUGUGAUGACUCCAUGGCUG